CUGAGAUUGGAAGCACUCACACUGGUGGUGUCUUCUCCUGCAGAGCUCCUCAUUUGCAGGAAUGUGUUUAGCUAUCCAUCUUUUCCUUUGCUGUCCACAGGUUAACUGUGCUGGUAAGGAGGCAACUUCACAGGAGCUGCUAAGAUGGGCAUGAGGAUCAAACUGCAAAGCACCAACCACCCCAACAACCUGCUGAAGGAACUCAACAAGUGCCGGCUCUCUGAGACCAUGUGCGAUGUCACCAUCGUGGUGGGCAGCCGCUCCUUCCCGGCCCACAAAGCCGUGCUGGCCUGCGCGGCUGGCUACUUCCAGAACCUAUUCUUGAAUACUGGGCUUGAUGCUGCCAGGACCUAUGUGGUGGACUUCAUUACCCCCGCCAACUUUGAGAAGAUUCUGAGCUUUGUGUACACAUCAGAGCUCUUCACGGACCUGAUCAACGUUGGGGUCAUCUACGAGGUAGCUGAGCGUCUGGGUAUGGAGGACCUCCUCCGGGCCUGUCACUCCACCUUUCCUGACCUGGAGAGCACUGCCGUGGCCAAGCCCCUGACUGGCACCAGUGAGAGCCACUCGGGUAGCCUGAGUUGUAGCGCAGCAGAACCCACCCAGCCCCUUGGAGAACUCCGCGGUGGUGGGGAGCACUUUGGUCCUGAUAGAAAUUAUGUGUUACCUAGUGAUGCUGGAGGGAGCUAUAAAGAGGAAGAGAGAAAUCUUACCAGUGACACUAACCAUAGCCUGCCUCUGCCACAGCAGCCACUGCCACCAAAGACAGAAGACCACGAUGCCCCUGCUUCUUUCUCGUGUGUUCCUAGUAUGGUGACGCAGCCAGUCCUAGGUGCUAUCAGCAUGGGCAUCCAGACCAGCACGAGCUCCUGCCAGCCAUACAAAGUUCAGAGCAACGGAGACUUCAGUAAAAACAGCUUCUUCACCUCUGACAAUGCAAUAGACAUUACCACUGGGACCAACUCCUGUCUGAGCAAUAGUGACCACUCCAAAGACCCAGGCUUUGGGCAGAUGGAUGAGCUCCAGCUGGAGGACCUGGGGGAUGAUGACUUGCAGUUUGAAGACCCCACCGAGGACAUCGGCACAGCUGAAGAGGUGAUUGAGUUGAGUGAUGACAGCGAGGAAGAGCUGACUUUUGGAGAGAAUGACAACCGAGAGAACAAGGCUAUGCCCUGCCAGGUGUGCAAGAAAGUUCUAGAGCCCAACAUUCAGCUGAUCCGACAGCAUGCUCGUGACCACGUUGACCUGCUGACAGGCAACUGCAAGGUCUGUGAGACCCACUUCCAGGACCGAAAUUCCCGGGUGACCCACGUUCUGUCCCACAUUGGUAUUUUCCUCUUCUCCUGCGACAUGUGUGAAACUAAGUUCUUUACCCAGUGGCAGCUGACCCUCCACCGGCGGGAUGGAAUAUUUGAGAACAACAUCAUUGUCCACCCCAAUGAUCCCCUGCCUGGGAAGUUGGGUCUCUUUUCAGGGACAGCCUCUGCAGAGUUGAAGUGUGCUGCCUGUGGAAAGGCAUUGGCCAAAGAUUUCCACAUAGUCCGGGGCCACAUCCUUGACCAUCUAAACUUGAAGGGCCAGGCCUGCAGUGUCUGCGACCAGCGCCACCUCAACCUCUGCAGCCUCAUGUGGCACACGCUCUCCCAUCUUGGCAUUUCAGUCUUCUCCUGCUCUGUCUGUGCGAAUAGCUUUGUGGACUGGCACCUCCUGGAGAAGCACAUGGCUGUGCACCAAAGCUUGGAAGAGGCCCUCUUCCGCUGCCACUUGUGCAGCCAGAGCUUCAAGUCGGAGGCUGCCUAUCGCUACCACGUCAGCCAGCACAAAUGCAACAGUGGGCUUGACGCACGGCCUGGUUUUGGGCUCCAGUACCCAGCUCUCCAGAAACGGAAGCUCCCGGCAGAGGAGUACCUGGGUGAGGAGCUGGCUCUGCAGGGCCAGUCUGGGAACAGCAAGUACAGCUGCAAGGUCUGUGGCAAAAGGUUUGCCCACACAAGCGAGUUCAACUACCACCGGCGGAUCCACACGGGCGAGAAGCCAUACCAGUGUAAGGUGUGCCACAAGUUCUUCCGAGGCCGCUCGACCAUCAAGUGCCACCUGAAGACACACUCGGGGGCCCUUAUGUACCGCUGCACGGUCUGCGGCCACUACAGCUCCACCCUGAACCUCAUGAGCAAGCACGUUGGCGUGCACAAGGGCAGCCUCCCGCCCGACUUCACCAUCGAGCAGACCUUCAUGUACAUUAUCCAUUCCAAAGAGGCCGAGAAGAACCCAGACAGCUGACUGGGUCCCAGCAGAGCCGGGGGAGCUCCCGGGCGGCAGCCGGGACCUUGGUUUUCUAAUGGCUGUUGGUCCCACCCCAGCUGAAGUUACAAUUUUGCCUUGCUAGGAAUUCUGUUCUGUUUUGUGUUUAAAGAAGAAAAAAGAAGAAAUAGCACAUGAGCUGUUACUGUUUUUGAGAAGCAACGGCCCUAUCAUGUUUACCUCCUUACCUGUUCUUGCCCAUGCAGGGCUGUGUUUUUGAUUCUUUUGAGGCUGGUUUGGGGAAUCUCGUCAGGCAGGGGGUGUCCACUAGAUCCCCUUCUCCAGCCUCUCAAGUUUUAGUUUACUGAUAGGUUUUAUGCUGCUAAGAACCCAACCAAUAGCCUCACUGAAUAGAGGAGGUGGAGAGAGGUUUUUACUGUGGGUGUUAUACUGCCAGACCUCCAACUGGGACACCUGCGGUGAGAGGGAUUUGGGGAAUGUGGUCAUUCAGAGAAGACUAGUCGGCAGGGCAGCUCACCUCAGGUACCAGUCCCUGCCCCCAGCAGGGAAAAGGCGUCGGGGAUGGAGGUGCCUGCUGGUUCCGUGACUCUAAUCGGCUGAGUGGACAGUAGAAUCUUUUGGCAGCUAGAUCCAAACUGGGGACAAAGCUUUCUAUUUAGGUCAGGAAGCUUUGGGAUGAAUCCUCACCAGCCAGAAGAGGUGUCUUGCAGUGCUGCCAGAAGUGGCAGCCUGGACGGACAGGAAGGGAGGUUUCUCUUUUCUCCUUAAUUCC